CGGUGCCAACGUCGUAAUCACUUUGGGAAAUCAGCCGUAGUGCUACAUGCCAAUUUGUCAUCAGUUGGAACUCGGAACUACAGUACUGUUUUAAAACCAGUUAAUAAAGACUCUGGAGCAGUGGAAGUCACUUAUUUAAUUCUUUUAGUGGUGCGACAACCGGCAGAAUCGCUGCUAGCCACAAAAGAUUAAAGUAUACAGACAUUUGGUAAACGGAUGAUACAGUACCUAGACUCCAUUAGGUUGUGUUCACGGGCAACAUUUCCAUCGAAGCUGAUUUGAAAAUGUUGCACCAUUUUUUAACUUUAUUGAUCAUCUACGAACUGCAUGCCGCACGUGCACAGGAUGAAGUGUACGCUCGUCCGUGGAAGAUCCUCGGAAGCCGCGACCAGACGUUGCCGGUAUUCAAUGGAACCAAAAGGUCUCCAAAUGACGAAUCACUGAGUGGCAAUUCUUCUAACGGAACAUAUAUAACAGAACUGUGUAGCUCUGAUCGGCCGGUAAUACCGACAGCAGAUCAAGUUAGCCACCAACCAAUUUUCAUGCUAAAGGACGCCCGUUUUCGCGAAUGGGCGACCAUCAUAAGGAAAUUUGGGCUUCUGCAUGUGAUCGGCUAUUACGGAAUUCACCAGAUGGCCAUUUCCGGCGGUGAUCUGGCACCAGAAAAAAUCGAGCAGGCGUUAACUACCGCCUGGAAAGUGCCGAUUGAAGCCGCUGAAGCUGCUCUCCGAUCCCAAGAGUACUUUCUCCGUGGUGCCGAAUUCAAGAUACAAGCGUCAAUAUUAGAGUUGGACAAACACCGAUGGUUCUCGCAAAACGGAGAUCAUGUCGCUCGCGUUACAUAUACCAUAGUUCUGAUAAGCACGGAAGCAGACGUUCCCAGAACGCUGCAGCGAAUUCCUCUGAUUAGCGUCGAUCACUUAGCGGAAGAACUACGACACGAGAAUAUUACACUACAUGUCGGGCCUAUCUUUCGCGCCUGGUUGGCGGAUAUGACCAAUGCUUCCAGUGUCACGGAUAAGCUUAAGGAACUGCAGUCGGUUUUACCCAACACGGCCAGCAUGUGCUUUUAUUCUAUAAUAAACGCUGGGGCUGCGCUGCGAGAUGUCAGAACCGUGCAAAUUAUACCCGGACAACCGUUUAACGUAACAUACUAUUCCAGUGUUUCACGGCCGACGGAGGAUGCGGUCCCGCACUCCGGCUUAUCCGGAAAACGAAUAUUCAGACGAACGAUUCUGCCGUUUCUCAUCAAGAUCAACGGCAGUGUUCUUCCUACUUCGUAUGACCCAAAUCUGCGAACCCAUGCCGCACUGCAGACUCUUAGUGAAGGAAGCUAUGAUCUGGAAAAGAGCGAAACUCCGAUGCAGUAUAAACUCAACAAUCCCAUCCAUUUCCAGGACCUUCCCGGCAUAGCGGACGGAAUAGCCAAGGCCGUGCAAUCGCGGUUAGAGGGUUCAUCAAAAUUUGUUCUGCGAAAGGAGCUGAACAACCCCGACCUACUGGGAGAUAGAUUGUUUCUCGGAUGCACUACAGCCGGUCUGAGCGUGGACGGGAUGACGGUGUCGGCACAGUUGUAUGCCGGUAGAAUGAAGCCCGGCGAUGCUUUGUUCAUAUUGACGAUGCCGGUUGAUCCCACUUUACCGCUUUACAAACCGUUGUAUAACGCCGUGUACGGAAAGGCGAUCCAAAGCAGUCCUUACCCGGUUCGAGUAGUCGAUCCAGAUGAGGCAGAGGAUGAUGGCGGUUUGCCACCGAUGAUGGCACUGCCACCAAUUUCGAACCAUUAUCCGCUCGCAUUAAUCAUCGACGAAGUUGGCGAAGACCCUGAAAUCUUGAGUUCUACGGUUCUCGAUAAAGUAUUAGGAUUAGUCGUGGCGGCUUUCAACGAGGCAAAUCCACUGCAGUUAAACGAUAACCGCUUGAAUAUCACUCUGACACGGUAUGAAGGCGGAAAGACCAUGAACCAAGAUAUGGAAAAUGUUUUUACCUUUCAAUUUGCCAUCGUAAAGUCCGGAACGGAGAGCACAUGGAAUCUGUGGCAGCAACCGACCUUAAGCAUUUUGCGGAGUAUUAUUAUAAAGUUUAGGCAUCCAUGGCGUUUGGCAUCCUUUAGCGGUGCCGAUGAUGGAUACAGCCGUGCUCGUCUGAAUACAAUUUCCUAACAGCUGGCAAUUUGUAAAACCGGCGAGAUAGUACCGACGUUCUUAAUUAAAUUACCGGACUUGCAGUUGUGGUUGCAUCCCGGCAUUCACGGGAAAAUGUUUUCCGCUGAUAUUUAUUUUACUGUUUGCUCACUUCUGAAAGAGCAUCUGCGUAGCCUCAAGAAAAGCA